AUGACCAGUCCAGUCGUGACACCAGACACCUGUCAGGAUAAAACCAGCCGCUUUAAAUUGGUGACCUGGCUCAACAACCUGCUGAAGACAAACUUCAAAGAUGUGCGGGAGACUGGUUCAGGUGCCUGUCAGUGUCAGAUCAUGGACUGUGUUGUCCCCGGCUCUGUUGACCUGUCCAAGGUGAAAUUUGAUGCACAAGGUGAGGAUGACUGUAAGCACAACUUCAGUCUCCUCCACGAGGCCUUCAGCAAAAACAGCAUCACAAAGACCAUACCAGUCGAGGAGCUCAUAAAUGGGGAUUUUAAAAGCAACUUUGAGAUCCUGAAGUGGUUCAAAGCUUUCUACUUGGCAAAUGAGAAAAAAGAGGAAUACGACCCUGUGAAAGCUCGGGACAGUCAUGAUAUCAGCCCCAUUCUGGCCUCUCCACAAUCAUAUAAGACUAAAAUGGAGUCAGAAGCUGAGGAGAACGGUGCGUCAAGAUACCCUUACACUGAAAAGUGGAAGGAUGCUUUCCACUGGGCUGACAGUAGUACUCUUGGAAAGAACUAUACCUACUGCCGUGUUUGUGACAGAAACCUGAGCACUAUUUAUAAAGGCCUUAUUGACAUCAGGAGACACGCGGGAACACAACUGCACAUGAAAAGGACUAAAAUCGCCAGACGUAGUGGCCUGAAAACCCGACAGUCUGAGCCGCUCCCCUGUAGUAAUGCAGCCAUCCGUUUUAUUCAUAAACACUGUAAGGAUGGCUCUGGUGAUGAUGGGCAGGUGUCUACUCGUUUUGCACGCUGUAAGCUGGGGUUGCAAUACCCUAAAGAUAUUUUAUCUGCUUGCCAACAUACUCCUUACUGUGUAUACGUUUAUGAAGGGGUAACACUGGGUGAGGAUGAGGCUGCCUCUGUGGUUCUCGUCGGGUUUUUUGAUGUCAAAGCCUCCAAGCACUGCAUCCGAUUUCUGGAUGCUCUUCAGUCUCCAGCAGAUAAUGGAGGAGAUCAAACGGCAGCAGCAGCAGCAGUGGGGCACGUCUUGCAAAAAUAUGAGUUUCCCAUGGAUAAUCUUGUCAAUGUUUAUUCUGACAGUAAAAGUGAAACUCCACAGCAGAUGUGCUCACAGCUCAGGGAGCUCAACCGAAACAUUGUGGCCUUAGGAAGGCUGUACAACAUUGCUGAUGCUGCUUGCCGUGCCGGAGUUAAGAUGCUCUCUAACCAGGCUCAAGAGUUGAUGGUAGAUAUUCAUGCCCACUAUUCCUCCUGCUCUACCAAGAAUGACAACCUCAAGGCUCUUUUUGGCUCAGAUAUCACUGGAGACAGUACAUCGUUUCCUUUAAACACCAGCUGCCUUAGUUUUUGCCUGUUAGUCACAAAAAUCUUGGAAAUAUGGACAGAUAUUACAUUAUACUUUAGCUCUUGUGACAAGAAAGAUGACAAAGUCAGGUUAAUCUGCUCCCAGCUGCAGGAUCCCAAAAUCAGGGCAACAUUUAUGUUCCUGGAGCAGGCCCUAAAGCCUCUGCACAACUUCCAGAGGCAUAUGCAGAUAAAUGACGGCGCUGCCCGAGCUGAUUUGCUGCUCAUCUUAGAAGAAGCCAGUAGCCUGCUGUGCACCUAUGCCUCCUGCUUUCUUCAUCCUGAAGCUGCUGCUCGCUUCCUCAAAGAACAAGAUGCCCAAAUCCUUAAAAACAAGGAAUUCCACCUGUCAAGCUCUGAACUCAGUCUGGGUGGGAAAGCCGUGGAAGACUUCCUGAACGAGUCUAAGGCUGCUGAAGCACUGCCACAGCUACAAGAGGAGGUGUUGCCGUUCUACAUCGCCCUCACAGGCAGCAUUGCUGAAGAGCUGCCUCUAAGUGAUGAGGUACUUAGGAGCUUGGCUCAGCUCCUGAACCCCGAGAGCAGGUUGAAAGUAACAGGGGAAGCAGUAGGAGAGCUUGGCGUCACAUUGGGAGUCUGCAGCUCCCCUGAGGAGGUCAAGCAGCUCACAAGUGAAUUCCUUGAGUAUCAGCGGGCUGAGGAGGGAGCAGGAGAAAAGGGAGAAAAGGAAAAGUCAGAGGUGGUUUCACUUGAGAAACACUGGGCAGAAGUACUGACAGGAAUCGAACUAACCUCAAUCCUCAGGAAGCUUGUUUUCACCCUGUUGUGCCUCCCCUGUCCUCCACUUGAUGCUCAGCUGGUUUUUACUCAGGCCCUGGAGAAUGGCAAUGCUACGUCAUUCUCUGACAGUGAAGCCUUAACAGAAAGUGAGAGUGACACCAAAAAGGACUCCUCAGUAAAAAUUGAAGGAUUCAAUGGCCUUAAUGUGGCAGUGAAGCCAUGUAAAGUCCGCCUUACAAAGAUAGAUGGUAAGAAAAAACCAAAGAGUGAUCAUGAUGGAGAGAAUGGACUCUCACUGAGAGAGGGGACCAUUAGGGGAGGUUUUGGCUGGGAGAGCAGCUUGCGCCAGACGCCACAGGCCCGUACAGUGUUUCAGGCUGGUCGUAACACCUGGUGCAAACCCGUAGCUCUUGAUAAGGGUCUGCAGUCACAAGAUGAGGUGGAGGAAGAGACAUCACCAUCCAGUAAACCUACACCCAGAGGACGACGGAGAGCUGUCUACCAGGAUGGCAAAGGGUUUCUGAGAGGAGAGCUUGUGUGGGGGAAAGUGAAGGGGUUUUCCUGGUGGCCUGGGAUGGUGAUGCCGUGGAAAACCAAGUCAGCUCCUCCGGGUAUGCGGAGGGUGGAGUGGUUCGGCGACGGGAUGUUCUCAGAGGUCUAUACAGAGGGUCUGCUGCCGUUUAGUACCUUUACAAAGUGCUUCUGUAAAAACUCCUUCGCCAGCUUGCCCGUCUACAAGGAGGCCAUCUUCCAGAUCAUCGAGUUGGCAAGCGAGCGUAGCGGGAAGUCUUUUGCUGCAGCCGGAGGAAAUAAAGAAAAAGAGCUCAAGCUGAUGCUCGACUGGGCCUUUCAGGGAUUUCUGCCAAAAGGACCCGAGGGAUUCACUCCUCCUGAUUCUAUUCCACAAGUUGACUCCUCGGACUCUGCCCCAUCCGACUACCAGCCACCGGCAAAAAGGAAAUAUGUUUUUAAAAAUAAGGCAAAUGCUGCCGUCACUCCCUCCAGCAACAAAGAAUCGAUCAUAGAAAAGCUGAAGGAGAAAGGGACAAAAAUUGCACAUUUGUGUUUGUCUUGUGGCACAUCUGAGAUUGAAGUGCCGCACCCGUUGUUUGAAGGUGGUCUUUGUCUAAGAUGCAAGGAGAACUUCAUAGAGACGCUGUAUCGCUACGACGAAGACGGCUACCAAUCGUAUUGCACCGUGUGCUGCGCAGGCUUAGAGGUCAUUCUGUGUGGCAAUGCCAGCUGCUGCAGAUGUUUCUGUAAGGACUGUCUGGACAUCCUGGUUGGUCCAGGAACCUUUGACAAGCUGAAGGACGUCGAUCCCUGGAGCUGCUACAUGUGUAAGCCGUCGAUGUGCGAAGGAAACCUCAAACUGAGAUCAGACUGGAGCAUUAAGGUUCAAGAAUUCUUUGUCAACAAUAGCGCCAUGGAGUUUGAGCCUCACAGAGUUUACCCCUCCAUCCCUACCGAUCAGCGCAGACCAAUCAGGGUGCUCUCGCUCUUUGACGGUAUUGCAACAGGAUACCUGGUGCUCAGAGAUUUGGGCUUCAAGAUCGAGCUGUACGUCGCUUCAGAAAUCUGUGAGGACUCGAUCACCGUGGGGAUGGUGAAACACAGCGGCCAAAUAGAAUACGUCAACGAUGUUCGGACCAUCACGAGGAAACACCUGGCUGAAUGGGGUCCCUUCGAUCUUCUGAUUGGAGGCAGUCCGUGUAACGACCUGUCCAUGGUCAAUCCUCUCCGGAAAGGAUUAUUUGAGGGCACUGGAAGGCUCUUUUUCGAGUACUACCGCAUACUGACCUUGUUGAAGCCGAAGGAGGGCGACGACCGUCCGUUCUUCUGGUUGUUUGAGAACGUGGUCUUCAUGAGCGCCAACGACAAAUCGGAUAUCUGUAGAUUCCUUGAGUGUAAUCCAAUUCUUAUCGACGCAGUGAAAGUCACUCCUGCUCACAGAGCGCGUUACUUCUGGGGAAACCUUCCUGGCAUGAAUAGACCUCUCGCUACGUCUCUAGAUGACAAAGUGGCUCUCCAGGAUUGUUUGGAAAAUGGACGCACAGCCAAGUUCGACAAAGUCCGCACCAUAACAACCAAGUCAAACUCCAUCAGGCAGGGGAAGAUGGGGCCGCUACCUGUCUCCAUGAAUGGCAAAGAGGACUACCUGUGGUGCACCGAAAUGGAACAGAUCUUCGGCUUCCCCAAACACUACACGGAUGUGAACAACAUGGGCCGGAUGCAAAGGCAGAAAGUCUUAGGUCGUUCCUGGAGCGUCCCGGUUAUUCGUCACCUCUUCGCCCCACUGAAGGAUUAUUUUGAAUGUGAACAGCUGUGAGCAGAGUUUUCAUAUCAGAGCAGCAGCGGUAAAUCUACAGCCGUGUCACACCCUGCAUCACUAAGUAGUUCAACCUCUCCCGGCUUUUUUCCCUCCCUGAAAGACUUGAGUUUAGCGU